AUGCAGCCGAGCGCGAAGUUUGGCCGAACGCUGCAAUUCUUGGCUUGUCUUGCUUGUUCCCGAAUAGCAGCAUUUUCAUUGCAUCCAACCGCCGCUGCGCAACUCCUACGAUUUACCACGGCUGUCUCGCUUGCUGCUGAUCCUAACGAACAAAUGCCCGCAUCGAACGACUCGUCUUCGAUACGCUCUUCUCCCGUUACGAACACCACGAUUAUUCGUGUUCUCGCGUUGCAUGGAAGUGAAGGAAACGGCGCCAGUUUUGCCCAAACGCUGAAAGUGUGGCGAGAGUCACUACUCCAAGAGGUUGCCAUCGAUUUUCAAGUGUCUUCCUUUGACGCACCGGUUCCCAAAGGACAUGGUUACGCUUGGUGGGCUAUGCCACCCCAUGUGCGGUCAUUCAAUGCAACAAGCUAUGAGCAUUUCGAUACAAGUUGUGCCGCCGUCUUGCAGCAUAUCAACAACAUCAGGCCACAUGUGAUCCUCGGGCAUUCACAAGGAGCCAUUCUUAUCACCGCCUUGUUGGCACUCAACCAAAUUCGACCGCACCCGCCUCUGGGAUACAUACUAAAUGGAGUCGCUUGGCCAAAUCCAUACACGGACGAAAUGGAGGCUUUACGUGUCGACAGGGGCUCUUCGGCCACAACAAUACCCAAAGUCCUGUUAAUUGUCGGAGAGCGAGACAAGAUGAAUGCUCCCGACCAGACAGCUCGAGUCGGCAACACACUGCAACAGGCUGGUAUGAAUAUUACAAUUAUAUCACACCCAGCUGGCCACGCGGUUCCCGUCCAAGAUUCUACUGUCAAUAAAGCUCUAGCCGAAUGGUUGACUUCCAGUGUCGACCGAUUAAUCAAUUAA